AUGAUGGAUCGAAUUCCAACACGGAGGAAUUUAGAUAAACGGGAUGUGGAAAUGAAGUCUCUAUUAUGUCCGAUGUGUAGUGGUGAUGUCAGAGAUUUCCCUGUUUUUGAUUGCUUAUUGUCAGAGUGGAUUGAUAUCCAACUUGUAGCUCAUUUAAAGCAUGCAACUUUGACUCGAUUUGUAGGCAACGUGAGUGGGUUUAUCGGCGAAUCUAUCAAGCAUCAACGCCACUCUCUCAGCCUCUCCACAAACCCUCGUCUUCCUUUCCCCUCUUUCUCUCUUCCCCCAAUUCUUCAGUCAACAAUGACAUCCCUCUUCUCCACCUUCAAGUACUCCGACGGCCUAACGGUCGUCGGAAUCUCUUUCUGCACCGCCGUCAUCUGCGAAGCAAUCUCAUGGCUCUUGAUCUACCGCACCGCAUCUUAUAAAUCACUCAAAUCCUCCAUCGACAAAGCCUCCAAGAAACUCGAAACCAUGAAAACCGAUUCAACUGUCGCCGCCGCCCCCAAAAAGUCCAAAACCAAAAAAAUAGAUCGCGUAGAAACGUCGUUGAAGGAAUCCAGCAGAGAUUUGUCUCUCUUCAAGUUCAAAUCUGGUGGCGUCGUUGCUCUGGUUCUGUUCGUUGUGUUUGGGUUUUUGAACAAUCUGUUUGAGGGAAAGGCGGUUGCGAAGUUGCCGUUUGUUCCGGCUAGGAUUGUCCAGAAGAUGAGUCACAGAGGAUUGCAGGGAGACGAUCCGACGGAUUGUUCGAUGGCGUUUUUGUAUUUCUUGUGUUCGAUCAGUAUCAGGACGAAUCUACAGAAGUUUUUAGGGUUUGCACCUCCUCGUGGAGCUGCCGGCGCCGGUUUGUUUCAGAUUCCGGAUCCUGCCAAGACCAAUUGA